AUGCCUAAAACCGCCCGAUCACUUGUUGUGGCCAAAGCACAUGCCAAAAAAUUGAACACCAGAGCGGAUAAGGGCAAGAUACACGAGGUAUGGCAAGACAAGGGAAGAAUGCAACGUGAGGGGUCCAAAAGACUAACUCAAACGGCAAGAGUCAUUGGUCCUGAUGAGGGCUGUGGUCUACAGGAACUUGAUCAAUAUCAGCGAUACUUGGCUGGAGAAGGAUGCCUUAUCAAGGGUACACCUGAAUUGAUUAGCAGAAAGAUGGCCGUCCGAUAUACCUUACCGAUUGUGUAUUAUCCAGAAGAGGACCACUACGAGCCAAUCCAAAAUUUACCUUCAUUCUUUGGCGUGAAGUAUUAUUGCGAGCAUUGUAACAAACCUUACACUACGCAAGGACAUGUUCGUGAUAAGACUUGUGAUAGGUGUUUGAAGAAUCCUCCGUGUGACUCUACGAUUGUUGAUAAAAUAGUGUGUGACGAUUGUAAUCGAGAAUUUCACGGUCAAUUGUGCUUCGAUCAACAUAAGAAGCCAGGAUCUUUCAACGGAAAUAACCCCACCGUCUGUGGCUACAUAAAAUUGUGUGGACAAUGUAAUACGAAAAUUGAUCAUCGCAAAACUCAGAAUCAUGUGUGUCAUAAAUAUUAUUGCAACGUAUGUCAAAAGGACGAAGAUAUUUCUCAUCUCUGCUAUAUUCCCACCUUAAAAAGCAAGAAAAAAUUAACUUUUAAACGCGUGGCGUUUGUUUUCUACCACUUUGAAACCAGACAGGAUGAGCUUCUACAAGGAACUACUGACGUCAACGUACACGUUCCUAAUCUUUGUGUCGGACAAACUGUGUGUGAUCGUUGUGCAGAUAUGAACGACGAUGACAUUGUGAACGCCAACGAUAAUCACGGAAAUCCAUGUGGCGUUUGUAAACAUCAGGAAAAUGUUUUCGAUGGUGAGGAUCCUGUGCGAGGAUUUGUUGAUUACAUCACGUCGAUGGUGGUUACAUUUGCGCAGAGCCCCCUGGCGCCAGGAGGUGGCCCUACGUUUUUACCGGUACUGUGGAAUUCUGGGAAACUACGUUUCUGGGAGGGGUUACCGAUUCUCGGGUGGGGCGCCACCGUCAGCUUGACUGGCGGGUUUUUAGCCGUUCGUAUUUCGAAUUGAACAACGAAGUUUCAAAAACCCGCGGCCCGCGAAAUGAAAAUUAGCUGUAAGAAAAAUGUAUGUUAUAUAAAGAAAAAUAAAUAAAUAAAUAAAAAUUAGA